AUGGAUGAGAGAAGUGAUAUGGACAAGUCAGAGGAGGUACUUCUGCCUGGUUUCCGGUUUCAUCCGACAGAUGAAGAGCUGGUAGGUUUUUAUCUCAAGCGAAAGAUUCAGCAGAAACCCCUUUCAAUUGAGCUCAUCAGGCAGCUGGACAUCUACAAAUAUGACCCAUGGGAUCUUCCAAAACUUGCAAGUUCUGGGGAAAAAGAAUGGUAUUUCUACUGCCCAAGGGACCGGAAGUACCGUAAUAGUGCUAGACCAAACAGAGUCACAGGAGCUGGAUUCUGGAAAGCAACAGGAACAGAUAGGCCCAUUUACUCCUCCGAGGGAACCAAGUGCAUAGGCCUGAAGAAGUCUCUUGUCUUUUAUAAAGGGAGAGCAGCAAAAGGGAUCAAGACUGACUGGAUGAUGCAUGAGUUCAGGCUUCCUUCACUAACUGAUCCAUCACUUCCUAAAGUACCAAUAGACAAAAACAUUCCAGCCAAUGAUGCCUGGGCUAUUUGUAGGAUAUUUAAAAAGCCUAGUUCAAUGGCACAAAGAGCGCUAUCCCACUCCUGGGGUCCUCAGUCAACUGCAACAAUAGAGCCAGAUCUCUUAUCUGCCCUGCAAUCCAUACAAGCUUCACAUUUUGCUUUCGAAAGCUCCCCUUGCUCAGCAGAAGUUGCAAUACCUGUGAGUCGGCUCAAUAGCCAGCAUUACUUUCAUGAGCAGCAGCAGCAGAAACCCAACAGUUCACAAAAUGGCUCUUCAUGUAAAGUCAUAAAUUUCAGCCGUGGUCCGUCUUUAACUCAUAUAUCAGACAAAGACAUCCAUAGUGGUCCAAUCAUCUUUCCAUUUGAAACACAGACCCUCCAGAGGUCAUCAGAUGCCGUGCUUUUCAGCAUAGCCCCUGGAAUAAUCAAUAGCAUGAAUGAAGCCUCGCCAGAGAUAGAGUUUGAACACCCUGAACAGUGCAACGGGUACGCAGUUGAUUGGGUUAUAGACACAAAUGAAGGUAUUGGAAAUAGGGACGAAGAUCCAUAUACAAGAAAACCUGACAAUGGACACAAUACAGGCAAUGAGUAUGGAGUUCCACCCAAAAUAAAAUUCCCCUUUGAUUUGGGGUUACAUUCUUCAGAUGAUUGGAUAUCCAAUGUGCCAUGUGAAUCUCUCAAUUGUCCCCCUGCCUCUCCGAGAGAUGUCCAAUAG